AUGGAUGAAUUUGAAAACAAGGAGACUGAAAGUCCUCCCUCCACAACUUGCUCCAUGGCCCAGUCAGGCUCGACAGGAAAAAGAUGCAAAUACAAGUACAGAUCAACCAAGUCGCCGCGUUCCCACAGAUCCCACGCCUGCCAUGCUCACCGAGAUGGGCAAUCGAAAGGGUUGGUAUGCUAUGAUCAUUCGACUAUCUUUCGGAAUAUCCAUGACUUCCGCGUCCAUCUUAUAAUGCUCCACUCUGCACCUUCGAGUAUCAUCGCUCUCGAAUCAUCUUUGGGCGAGAUAGCCCCAGAGACAUUGGUCUUCUGGUGUAAGUUUUGUGAAGUGUGGAUUCCUCGAAAAGAGUCUUCCGAGGACGAGCACUUUCCGAGCCAUAUCGGGAACGUCGAUUCUGCCAUCGCGAGGUACUGCCGUUUACCAUGUACUGGGCUCUCGUCUCAAUUUCGCAGAUUUCCUCAUCAGAGAUCCUUCUUCCAACAUGUUGAAGGACAUCUCCAGGCUGUGGGCGCGGGGGAACAUAUGGUCUGCCCCGCCGCAUCUGCAACUGCGAACGGUAUUCCUGCCCAAUGUGCUGACAUCGAGGCCCUCGAUAAGGAAUGCUUAGCAAAACACCUAGUCGAUGCUCAUGGCUUGUUGAUCGAUGCCAACAAGUUUGUCAAGGCGAACGACAGCACCGAUUAA